UAAAGAACGUGACGUAUUUACAACAAUUUGAUAUAGGUACCGCUGGUGACUCCUUAAACUAUCACAAUGGUAUGCAGUUCACAACGAAAGAUGCUGAUCAUGACAAGAUAAUGAAUGGAAAUUGUGCUCGAAGGUACCCCGGAGCAUGGUGGUAUAAUGACUGUCACCAAUCCAAUUUAAAUGGUUUGUAUUAUCAUGGCCACCACAGUUCGUACGCUGAUGGCAUAAAUUGGUAUCACUGGAAAGGUCACUAUUACUCCUUGAAGAAGACAACGAUGAAAAUAAAAGGAAUUUAA